AUGGGUCGAUUCAGCAUCGACUUCAAAUCCAACAAGUGGGCCAUCAUCUACUGUGGUGUCUCGACGUUCGGAGCCCUCUGCUACGGAUAUGACCAGAUCUACUAUACCGGCCUCCUGGGCAUGCGGCCAUUCAUCAAAGACUACGGCACCACGAUGGAUUCCGACGGCAACGACGCCCUGACAACAUCAUUCAUAUCCCUUACGGCAUCUAUCAUUUACGUUGGCGAGCUUCUUGGCGCUCUCAUAGCUGCACCUAUCAAUGAUAGAUGGGGUCGCAAGGCUGUCUUCUACUGCGCUUCAGCCUGCAUUGUUGCGGGUGCAAUUGUCCAGUUGACGGCCCACGGCAUCGAGGGACUCAUCAUCCUUGGUCGUAUCCUGAUUGGCCUGGGAAUUGGUCAAUUUACUGUCACCAGUCUCCUGUACAUGGGGGAGGUAGCUCCAGUGGCAAUCCGUGGCCCAGCCCUCAUGAUGUUCCAGCUCAUGCAGUCGUGCUCGCAACUCGUCGGCUCCGGCAUCACCCAAGGAACAGAGGCGAUUCCCAAUAAGAACUCAUACCUCAUUCCUAUGGGUCUACUCAUCCUCCUGCCCGGCUUGAUGGUGCUUUGUCUGCCGUUCACCCCAGAGAGCCCGACAUGGUACAUAAUGAAGCGGCGGACAACCCAAGCGGAAACAGCUCUGAAGAAGAUCAAUCGCAGCACUCCUGGGUACGACCCAGCUCACGAUUUGAACGCACUUAACGAGGCUGUGAGACUGGAAGAGCUCAACAAUGCUGAAUCGAGCUGGGCUUCGUUGUUCAAAGACCCAAUUGAGCGUCGGAAACUCUUCUACUCCUGCGGUGCUAUGAUUGCGCAGCAAAUCAACGGCAUCCAAUUCUUCUAUUCCUACGGUGUCGUCUUUGCGCAAUCCAUCGGCAUCAAGCAGGCAUUCACCAUUUCCUUGAUCACCAAUGUCCUCCAGGUCAUCUCCGUUGCCAUUUCUGUCCUUCUCGGCAACAAGAUCUCCCGCAGAAAGAACUUAUGGGUUUGCAGCUGGGGCAUCUUUGGUGCCUUGAUUGUCGUUGGCGGUCUCGGUACCAAGAGAGCCUUUCCCACCGGUAUUAGCACUGCCAUUGUGGUCUUCUCCUACAUCGUCAUCGUGUGCUUCAACUUUUCGCUCGGACCCCUUGCUUACACGAUUGCUUCGGAAAUGGCUGUUGGUCGUAACAGAAACAAGAUCAUGUCAUGCGCAAUUGUUACCUUCUUCUUCACCGUCUGGGUCAUCGCUUUCACUUCGCCCUACCUUUACUACUCUGCCAAUUUGGGGCCCAUGAUUUGUUUCAUCUACGCUGGAACAACCAUGGCCACUCUGGCUUAUGUCUGGUUUUGCGUUGGCGAGACCAAGGGACGGACCCAACAGGAACUAGAACGAUUCUUUACGGACAAAAUUCCUGUUCGGCAGUGGAAAGACCACAAGUUCGAGAACUUGAUUGAGGAGAAGAAUGCCACCAAAGCAGAUGAUUUGUCUGCCCAGGUCGAGCAUGUCUAG